UUGCUCUGUAUUCACCUGUUGUGGUUGCAGCUGAAGCCUGUCGAGUGGGAAGAGGAGACACAAGAAAGACCAGAGUUGAAGAGCAGAAUGUUUUAGGGAAUUAACAUGGGUGAAAGGUUUUAAAACAAAGAGAAAGAACAGCAACAAAAGAAGUUUCCAGCCUUUUUCAGCAUGUCUUUGUCCAAACCUGAGGAGCUGCUUGCCCACGAGCUGAGCUGCCCCAUCUGCCUUCAGCUGUUUUCUGAUCCGUUGGUUCUACCCUGUGGCCACAACUACUGUCGAGAAUGUAUCUCCAAGACCGCCGUCUCUGACAGCGUUAGCAAAGUGCUUCCAUGCUGCCCAGAAUGCCGCAAGGAGUUCCAGGGGUUAGAUUCCCUGCAGAGGAACUUUAAACUCAGCAGCAUCAUCGAGGGUUUCCAAGCGACUACCCUCCUGCCGGCCAAAGCACCAGAGCAGCAGGAGACCGUGGAUGUGCUCUGCGACCACUGCAUCGACGAGCAGACGGUAGCCGUGAAGACCUGCCUGAAGUGUGAGGUGUCGCUGUGUUCCAGGCACCUUCAGAGGCACCAGGAGAAGGAGCUGUUCAGGAGCCACACCGUGGUCGACCCCCGUCAGGAGCUGGGGCUGAAGGACUGCGCCCUCCACCGUCAGCCCCUCGAGUACUUCUGCUCCACUGACAUGAAGCUGCUGUGUGCCACGUGCUUCAUCGAAGGCCAUCACCAGAACCAUGACGUUCUCACCUUCAGUGUAGCUGAAGAGGAGAUGAGGCGGGCACUGGAGAGUCGCAGUAAGGUGGUUUCCAGCCGGCUGCAGAUGACUGAGAGCCUCCUGCAGAAAACAGCUGAGGAACAGGGAGCCUCUGAAGCUGUCGGAGAUAAACUGGUCAAUAAAGCUGAGACACUAAUGGACACUAUGGCUGCACUGGUGGACAGGUACCGAGGGCGCCUUCGCAUGCUGUUGGAGGAAGAGAGAGGCCAGCGCAGGAAGAGCUGGCAGUUUGGACUGAGUGCACUGGAAGAGCAACAGCAGCAGCUCCUGGACGCCCAGAAAAGCACCUCCGAGGCCCUGAUGGAGACUGACACAUGUCUGUUCAUACGCAGAUUUAUGCUUAUUGACGAUAAGCUGAGAGAUGUCGUCGCCACCACCGUUUCCUCCAAAGUCCCGUUGAAGACUCCACUUAACACCAGACGUCUCCAGACAGGCCUGAAGACCCAGGACUUCCGCUCAGAAAUGACCCGCUGCUUGGAUUCUCUCCAAAUCCUCCUGAACCCCCUGGACCUGACGUUCAACCCCCUCACCGCUCACCCCAACCUGAUCAUCUCAAAUGAUCAGCGCACAGUCAAAUACAGCUCUGCCAAGCAGCAGUACACACUGCACCCAGAGCGUUUCACCAGCGCCCCCCAGGUCCUCUGCAGCCAGGGUUUCUCAGGUGGUGAGCAUGUAUGGGUGGUGGAGGUGGGGCCCAACAGUAUGUGGUCACUGGGAGUGUGCUACAAAAGCAUCCCUCGCCGGGGGGACCACAGCCGUCUGGGACACAACUCAGUGUCCUGGAGACUGCAGUGGAAAAACGGUAAGCUGACAGUGUGCCAGUCCUCCUGCAACGUGGCCAUGGGGGAGAUGAGAAACCCUCCGCUGAGGAUCGAGAUAGCCCUGGACUAUGAAGGAGGGACGUUAACGUUCCACAGCACCAAAGGACACAGAGAACACCUCCACACCUUCAGGGCUGUGUUUAGAGAACCUGUUUAUCCAGCGUUCAGCAUUCACUCCAACACAGCAGAGUCCUGGAUCACACUGCACAACGGCAUGUAGAGCUGCAGCUAUAGAGUAUGUGUGUAAUCAAUUAAUCUGCUGAUAAUUUUCUUCCACUCAGUGAAACAGACAUGUCAACUUGUCCUUUCUUCCAGAACCAGCUGAAACAACAACCACAAAAAGUAUAAAAGUACAAGGAUGUAUAAAAAAAAAUCUAUAUAGAAAUAACAAAAAUAACAACAGUAUAAAAGUAUGUAUAAAAAAUCUAAAGAUAUAAACAACAAACAAGUUACGUGAUAUCUACAGACAAUAUGUCACUACAGUCUACAACACAUUUGGAUGGAACUUAAAAACAACUUAAGAUGGAACUAAUGUACAACUUAAAAAAUAAAGACAAAUAUUUGUAAUGCUUGCAUAAAGGAGUCAUGUGCGUCACACUAAGUGUCCGUGUGAAACACAGCAGUGGAACCAAUAUUUAGCAACAGCUAAAUUAAGAAAACAAAGCUUUGAUUCAGAAAAGUUUUAUUGAAUUUUUUUUUAAUCAAUUCUAGUCAAUUAAUCAAUUAGUUUUUUUCAGCUUUAGUAGGAUGUGACCACUGCUAUUCAGAGUUUCCAAAUUCAGUUUUAUUUAUAGAGCCCAGUAUCACAACAAAUUUGCCUCACAGGGCUUAACAGAAUUUGUUGAAUUGAUAAAAAAAAAGAACUCACACAAUGAAAAUAAGCUAACAGUCAAGUAAUCAGUAGUAAACAGUUAGUGAAGCAAAUGGUUGAAUGUCCUAGGCAUCCCCCAUCCUUAGACCCUCUUUCUCGGCAAGGAAAAACUCAAAAAAACCCAGUGGGAAAAACAGAAACCUUGGAGAGAACCACAGUGAAGGACAGAUCCACUCCCAUGGACGGACAGGCUGUAGAUGUGACCAGGACUGACAGACAUCCAUUUGCUGUUGUGAUUUCCAAUGCACACAAGCCCACAGGAUAAAAACUGUGUGUGUGUCAGCUGUAAAAUUGUUUUGUGACAGUUUUUGUUAUUUGCAGCUGUCUCCUAAUUCAGAACUUUUGCUAUCAAUAAAAUUUGCUCAGCAGUGCCUUAAAUUUGCUAACACAGUUGCAUGGACAAUUUAGAAUCAUAUUGCUUGUUUACA